AUGAAAAUAAUUUUGAUAUCAAUUUUUUUAAUUUUUAAUUUAAUUUCAAAAUCAUUUUCAUUUGUCUUUGUCAAUACACCAAGCCCAAUUUUAUUAAAUUAUACAGAAAAUUAUAUAAGAUAUGAAUUUCCAAUCAAUUCAACCUAUUUUACAAAUUGGACAUUUCAUUUGGAUACUUUUAACAAUGAAUUUGAAUUUGUUGAAAAUUCAAUAGUAAAUAAAUAUUUAAUAUUUGAAUGUCAAUUGAUUGAAAAUAAAAGAAUUUGUGAAAUCAAUAAUAUCAACCAUUUAAUGAGUAGAUUCUAUUCAAUUGAACCAACAUAUUGUGCAACGUCGCCAAUUACCAAUGAAACUGAGUGUAAUAAAAAACUAUCAUACAAUUUACCAGUACCAAAGCCUUACAAAGUAAAUGAAUUUAGACCUCCAACUAAAGGUGGACCAACAUUAAUAAGUGGUUACUUUUUAAGAAUUUUUAAAGAAUAUAAAUUUCAUACUAAUUUUGGUACACAAAUAAUUUUAAAUGAAUCUGAAUUUAAUAAUCCAAAUUACGACAUUACAAAGAUUUUCAUUAAUUUCAAUCAAGGUUCUGGUAAAAAUAAUUUUUGGUUUUAUGAUAAUUCAUUACAUAAAAAUAACAAUAUUUCAUUUUCAUUUGCAUCACCAAUUAUUAAUUCAAUAAUAAUCAAUAAUAAUGAUAAUUUAAAUAAUGAUACAAUUACAAUUAUUGGUGAAAACUUUUCAAAUAAUAAAACUAAAUUAAUAAUAACAACUACUGAUAAUAAUAAUAAUAAUAAUAAUAAUAAUAAUAAUAAUAAUAAUAAUAAUAAUAAUAAUGACAAUGGUAAUAAUUUUUAUACAAUUAAUCAAAAUAAUAUUAAAAUUGUAGAAAAUCAUUCAAGAAUUGAAAUUUAUAAUCAAACAUAUUAUCCUGGUAAAAUGAAUAUUAAUUUAAUUGUAGAUUCUAUUCCACUUGAUAAAAUUUAUUCAUUCUGUAUAAAUCCAAUUCCAAAAAAAGUCAAUAGUGUUUUAAAGAAAUCUGGUGGAAUAAUUAUAAUAAAUGGUUCAUUCUUAUCAAAUACAAACAAAAAUAAUAAUAAUAAUAAUAAUAAUAAUAAUAAUAAUAAUAAUAAUAAUAAUAAUAAUAAUAAUAAUAAUAAUAAUAAUAUAAUAAUAAUAAAAAUUGGUGAAAAUGAUUGUAAAUUUUUAAAUUCAACAAAUGAUAAAUUAUAUUGUAAAUUGGAAGGAAAUAAUAAUAAUAAUAAUAAUAAUAAUAAUAAUAAUAAUAAUAAUAAUAAUAAUAAUAAUAAUAAUAAUAAUAAUAAUAAUAAUAAUAAUAAUAAUAAUAAUAAUAAAAAUAAUAAUAAUAAUAAUAAUAAUAAUAAUAAUAAUAAUAAUAAUGGUAAAUAUCAUGAUGAAAAUACAGGAUUAUUAAUUAAAAUUACGAUAAAUGGAUGUACAAAUGAAAAUAUUUUGAAAUUUUAUUAUAUACUAUCAAAUGAUUAUCCAAAACAAUCAAAACCUUUAAAUCAACAUUACAGUAAUGGUAAUAAUAAUAGAUUUUCGAAAUCAUUACUUGCCACCAUUAUAAUCAUAACAGUACAAAUCAUUUUUUUAAUAUGA